UUGGCUGCCUGGGGACGGGUCGGUAGCCGUGCCUGUCAGAGUGGCUGGCGGCAGUGGCGGCUCUCCGGGCUGGGUUGUCAGUCAGUGAGCAGAGGGGGAAGAUGGCUCGCUGGGACCCGUUCUGUUAGGAAGAAGGGGGGGCAGGUGGUGCUUCUACUCCGGAGAAAGCAGAGCAGCCGCUGUCGCUGUCGCUGGGAGUCAAACAAGCCGAGGUUCUGGAGGUGGAGCUCGGGAAGCCGCUCUGGUUGGAGGUCUAGAACAGAUGUGGAAAGAUGUUCACUUCAGAGAAAGGGGUUGUGGAGGAAUGGUUGUCAGAGUUUAAGACACUACCAGAAACAUCUUUAUCAAAUUAUGCCACAAAUUUGAAAGACAAGAGUUCUUUAGUUUCAUCUCUGUAUAAAGUUAUCCAGGAGCCACAAAGUGAGUUGCUAGAACCCGUCUGUCACCAGCUCUUUGAAUUCUAUCGCAGUGGAGAAGAGCAGUUGCUUCGAUUUACACUGCAAUUUCUUCCAGAAUUGAUUUGGUGCUACCUUGCAGUCUCAGCCAGCAGAAAUGUGCAUAGCAGUGGAUGUAUCGAAGCUCUUCUUCUAGGGGUUUACAAUUUGGAAAUAGUUGACAAACAGGGACAUAGCAAAGUAUUGAGUUUUACGAUUCCGUCUUUAUCCAAACCAUCUGUAUAUCAUGAACCUUCCAGCAUUGGGUCCAUGGCUCUGACUGAGAGUGCGCUAUCCCAGCAUGGUUUGUCGAAAGUUGUGUACAGUGGACCUCACCCCCAAAGGGAGAUGUUGACAGCACAGAAUAGGUUUGAAGUAUUGACAUUCCUUUUGUUGUGUUACAAUGCUGCCUUAACCUAUAUGCCCAGUGUUUCUCUUCAAUCAUUGUGUCAGAUUUGUUCAAGAAUCUGUGUUUGUGGCUAUCCCCGACAACAUGUAAGAAAAUACAAAGGAAUAAGUAGCAGGAUACCAGUUUCUUCAGGGUUCAUGGUACAAAUGUUAACAGGAAUUUAUUUUGCUUUUUAUAAUGGAGAAUGGGAUCUAGCUCAAAAAGCAUUGGAUGAUAUUAUAUACAGAGCUCAGCUAGAAUUAUAUCCAGAGCCAUUGUUGGUUGCUAAUGCCAUAAAGGCUUCAUUGCCUCAUGGUGCCAUGAAGUCUAGUAAGGAGGGUACAAGGUGUAUUCAAGUUGAAAUCACACCAACUUCCUCUAGAAUAUCAAGAAAUGCAGUAACCAGCAUGUCAAUAAGAGGUCAUAGGUGGAAAAGACAUGGAAAUACAGAAUUAACAGGUCAAGAAGAACUCAUGGAGAUAUCUGAAGUUGACGAGGGAUUUUAUUCCCGGGCUGCGUCUAGUACUAGCCAAUCGGGUUUAUCAAACAGUAGUAACAAUUCUAGUAACAAGACAAGUGUAGGAAAGACUCAGAGACGGUCAGGAGGAAGCAAAACUGGAGGAAAAGAAAAAGAAACCACAGGGGAGUCUUGCAAAGACCACUUUGCCCGAAAACAAACUCAGAGAGCCCAAAGUGAGAAUCUUGAGCUUCUCUCUUUGAAGAGACUGACAUUAACUACCAGCCAAUCUCUGCCUAAACCUUGUAGCCAUGGUUUGGCUAAGACAGCUGCAACUGUAUUCAGUAAAUCCUUUGAACAAGUCAGUGGUGUCACAGUCCCACAUAACCCAUCAUCUGCUGUUGGCUGUGGGCCUGGGACAGAUGCCAAUAGGUUUUCUGCUUGUAGUCUCCAAGAAGAAAAGCUUAUUUACGUUUCUGAAAGGACUGAACUUCCAGUGAAGCAUCCAUCAGGUCAGCAGAGACCUCCUAGUAUCAGCAUUACCUUGUCUACAGAUUAAUUUGUAAUAGUUUUCCCACCUAACUAGUGAAUCUAGAAAUAUGACUCUGCUUCUUUAUGAAAGCACCCAGCAUCUUUCAUCCCUGUCCCAGGCAGGAGCCCUUGUGUCUUAAAUUCUAAAGGCUACCUUGACCUUAUGAAGGGAAUAACGUGUAGGUUGUAAUAAGGUCAAACGUGGUUCUGUUAUUUCUUGGGUGUAUUUUCCCCCCUUGAUUUGAGUCUUUUUUUUUUUUUUCUUUAUUUGUUUCUAUGGUCUAAGAUGGUCAGUGUCACAAUACAUUUUGGCAAGUUGUCUGAUCAAAUUGGGGACAUCUCGUGAGGUUGUGAGUUCUUAUUUUUUAAUAACUCCUAUUUUGGUAGUUGUAUGUUUGGCCUUCAGCGUAAAAGGGAAUCUCAUGCAUGGGAGCUGUUUUUGAAAGGAGGCAGAGGGUGCAACUCCAGGAAUUCUGUAGCUGACUGCACAACAGGGCAGUCUGAAAAUCAGGCAUGUUAAAAAAACAAAAAUGAUGUGUAUGAAAAGUACCUGAUAAAAAUGUUUGUAAUCAGAUUGUCCUUAAGAUUAGUGGAAUCAUUUAUAUAAAGCACUGGAAAAAGCCUCGUAACUCAGUACCUAGACUAUUAUGUAAUUCCAGGGGAAGGGUAGAGGGAUUUCUGUUGUUAUCUUUGGAACAUUUUUAUAUAAAAAAUCAGAUUGCCAGUAGAUGUGUUGUUUUGAAGUAUUUGAUCUGGAUUGAGCAGGUGAAAAUCCCUUUCAAUUCCUAAAACGUAAUCAGCCAUGAAGCUGACUUACCCUGCUGCUUGACUUUGGAAAUCCUAGGUAGUUUGGUUUCCUAGAAUUCAAAGUACACAUCAUUGAAGUCUUCCUGGAAAUCAUCGUAAAUCGUGCAACACAGCUCUCAAGACACCGGCGUCAACCAUAUAAUAUUGAAUUGUUUGUCAGCAAAUGAAGGAAAUUAGGUAAAUUUUUCAUCUAUAAAAUGUCAUGAAAGAAAGCAUAAUGAAAUAUGGACAAAGGACAUUUAUGUAAUUAAUUUAGGUUUAUUUAUGUUUGUGCUCUUAAAUUUAGAAUUGUAAAAUAUGAAAGAAGUUAAAUAAUUUGUUUGUGAACGGGCCUAGUUUAAAUGUUCUUGUCAUGGUAGAAAGAAUAAUCAAUGUAGUUGCCCCCAACCAAAAAAUAAAAACAAAAAAGGCAAUAUGGCAGAAGCAAAACAAACUUGUAUGUAGCUGUAGAGAACUGUGUGACCUCUAGAUAGAUGUAAAAUGUAGUAUUUGCUAGUGCUCAUCCUUUUAGCUGUGGUCAAGGCUCCCUGUAAAUCAAGUGUAUGUAACUAAUAAUUCAGAGGGAGAGAAAGAAAGCAGGGCUGAGGAUAAGGGUAAAUUGACUGGGAGGGAAGGCCUGUCUGUCCCCUCUUUGUCUCCUUCACUAUUAAUGCACAGUGGUUUCCUUAUUCACAGUCCCUAGCUGUAGUUGCACAGAAAAUGUUAGUUUUCCUUUUGUGCCUGCUUAUGCAGAGCUCAAAUGUGAAAAAUUUGUAUGUCCUAAAGAGUGCUAAAGCAUACGCUAUGAAUGCAGUUUUGAUCAUAACUGCUUUGGCUACCAUUUUAAAUUUAAAUCUUCAAAAAGCAUGAACUAGUUUUCAUUCAUUAAUCUUGACUAGAAUAUGGCUUUUAUUAGAAGUGAAUUUGAGUUUUUUAGUUCCACUAAUAGAAAUGGAAUAAGAUCUAUUGCCAUAAACUGUAGUUUAAAAAAAAAAAAGAAAAAAAAAA